CUUUUUUGACUCAGGAUCUCAGCAUCGGCUUCCUUUGCUCUCGCAGUAGAAAAUGGGUGUGAUACCUCUGCUGCUACUCUGCCUCCCCUUCUGCGUCCAUGGCCUUGGAGCUCAACAAGAUCUUGAUGGGCUCCUUCCCAAUGGUAACUUUGAGGUGAGCCCCAAGCCGCACAAACUGAACAAAACUGUCAUCAUUGGCAAGCAUUCCCUUCCCAACUGGACCAUCCAUGGCCUCGUCGAGUAUGUGUCUGGUGGGCCACAGCCUGGCGGCAUGUUCUUUGCCGUAGCCCAUGGUGUCCAUGCCAUACGCCUUGGCAACGAGGCCUCCAUCUCUCAGAACAUUACCGUCAAGCCCAGUUCCCUCUAUGCCCUUACAUUCAGUGCCACGAGGACUUGUGCCCAAGAUGAGGUGCUGAGGGUCUCAGUGCCUCCUUUCUAUGGUGAUCUCCCAAUUCAGACACUAUACAGCUCCACCGGCGGUGAUACCUAUGCUUGGGCUUUCAGGCCUACCAAUUCAACAGUGCAGGUGAUCUUCCACAACAUUGGGGUCCAGGAGGACCCAGCAUGCGGACCUCUCCUGGAUGCUGUGGCCAUUAAGGAGCUCCUACCUCCAAUGCCUACAAGAGAUAACCUUGUAAAGAAUGGAGGCUUUGAAGAAGGUCCGCAUGUCUUCAAGAACUCCACAGCUGGCGUCCUCCUCCCUCCCAAGCAGGAGGAUGUUACGUCUCCGCUUCCUGGUUGGAUCAUUGAAUCCCUGAAGGCAGUCAGAUUUGUAGACUCGGCUCAUUUUUCUGUCCCCGUCGGCCAAUUUGCUGUGGAGCUUGUGGCUGGGAGAGAGAGUGCAAUAGCUCAAGUCAUUCGAACCAUCCAAUACAAGUACUACAAUCUCACUUUUGUGGUUGGUGAUGCAAAGAAUGGCUGCCAUGGUGCGAUGCAGGUUGAAGCGUUCGCCGGCAAUAGCACAGUAUCAAUAGCAUUCCUAUCCCAUGGAAAGGGUGGAUUUAAAGCUGCAAGCUUGAAGUUUAUGGCGAUUUCAAGCAGGACCAGGAUCACAUUCUAUAGCUUCCACUACCACACUAGACGUGAUGAACCUGGGUCUCUUUGUGGGCCGGUCUUGGAUCAAGUUAGGGUCUAUCCUCUCGCUGGUGUGCAUCAUUAGGUUAUUAGAGUGGUUGCUAGGUAACGCCGGCGUGUGCAAUUUGCAGCAAGGGUAAACUACUAGUUGGCUUUUAUGUGUGAUCGGAGUGUUGGUCGGGCUGCCUUUAUUGGGAACCUAAGAACUUCUAUAGUUAUAUUUGAAGCACUUGAAGAAGUGAUAAAGUUAAUUGUUGCAGCGAGUGGUAAAUCCUUUGAAGUUCUAACUUUAUAUUCGAGAAAUUAUAUGCUAUACCUUAUAAACCAUGUGGCUGUGUA